AACUUGCAUUCAUAAAUAUUUAAUUUAUAAGAUGGGAAACCCAACAACAAAACUAGGUUUUAAAUCGAAAGUAGAACUUCGCUACAGAGCAAACGUCAUUACAACAUGUCUACAUAUGAUGUAUUUCUCAAUACGUCACUAUCAAAGUACGUUAAUCCAGACCUUGCGAAAAGAGAUGUUCUGUGUGUCUUCACAACAUUUAGUGACCUGAGACCAAAGUUAGACACAUUUGUCUUCAACGAUGGGUUCAGAAAGAAACUAUUUCAGUUGGACGGAACAAUUCCAGUCCUUUACAAAGGUGCGACAUACAAUAUACCUGUAUCAAUAUGGCUUAUGAAUAAACAUCCUUACAAUCCUCCAAUAGUCUAUGUGAGACCAACGUCAACGAUGCAGAUUAAGUCUGGCCGAAAUGUUGACAUGAAUGGAAAAAUAGACCUGCCAUACCUUAGAGAGUGGAAACAUCCGGAAUCGGACUUACUUGGAUUAAUCCAGAUUUUGACGAUUGUUUUCGGCGAAGAACCACCGGUUUACUCGACGUUUAAACAAGGGAGAAAUGAAAGCAAAGAGUCUACCGGAGAAAGCGAAUAAGAAAGUCAAAUAGCGAAGAACAUGAGUCUGAUGCAAACUGUGAUACAUGUCAACGUGCGGAAAAUAUUUCGGUGGGCGCUGAGGGAUACUGUGUGGACUGCAAGGAAUUCUUCUGCAAGGAAUGUCUAAGAUAUCAUCGUAGACUUACGGCUACCAAGAACCACAAAAUAUUUCUAAAUGAUAAAAUGUAAUUGCAAUGACAAUCGUAGUAAUUUGUGUGUACAUGUACUACGGUGGUAAAUCUACUAUAAGUGCAAAUGCUACUUUUAAUACUUAUUUUGCUAGUAAUGUCUUACAUAUCAGUGUCCUUCAAAUCUCAAGUGGUCUUUGCAUUUACUGUCAUUUUCAUGCCUACCUUUAGGACCACCAUGCGCUCUUCAAGGCGGUGCUCCAACCCCUCCACCCCUCUGUGCCUGUAUUUGUUUAUCACGUUGUCUAUAUAAUUUUGGUCUACAUAAUUCGUCUAUUUUUGGAAUAAAUGUUAUUUUUUGUGCGUUAAGAUAGGUGUAGAUCAUAUUGGGACUUCCUGCAAGCCCAAAUAUUGCAUAUCAGCUACAAAUCCAAAUGUCUUUCAUACUCGUGUUAACAACAAAACAUUCAGUCCAUAUAUUCACAUUUUACAGUAGGUUGCUAUACAGGGAGUGUGUUUUCUCUGUGGAUAUAAGAAAAUCGAAAUAAAUAUCAUGCCAAACUUCUUUUUCAAUUUUCAAGUAGAAGAGUUAAACAAUCUCGCUCACAUUAAAUCGUAAUUCGUCAUCAGAUAAGAUACUGUUCUUGAUCACUUUUAAAAACAUCAUUAAAUCCAGUAAAAAUCAAAUAGUCGCUUCGGAGUGCCAUCAGAGGGAAGUUAUUUCUAUGGUUUAAAGCAGCAUGCCUCCAGAUUUGGCUAAAAAUAAUCUUUCUUUCAAAUUGAAAUUUUGGUGAUAUUAUGAACAUUAGAAUAUGAAUUUUUAUUUCUAAAAAAUUUAAAAAAUUCCAAAAUCAAGAGAAAAGAUGACUGCGUCGGGAAUCAAAGCCCGGACCGCCGCGGCAAUAAAGACAUUUUCCCGUCGUCGUAACCAAAAGCGCUAUAGCUGAAGUAGUAAAUAAUGACUUCAAAAUAUAGAUAUUUUUAAUCGAGACAGUUUACCUGGAGUAAAAGCGUGACAAACGCUUUUCGAUUUUCAUCGUAAAAAGUGCUAAAAACAGCAAAUACCCAUGUGUUUCCGUAACAUAAAGUUUGUCAGUAAUUAAGUUUUAAAGCCUUCUUAAGAAAUAUAGCAUUUAUUUCAAGAUAUCUAAAAACAAUUGUUUUGUUGUCGAACGAUCUGGAGGCAUGCCGCUUUAAAAUUCCUUUUGAAAUUUCAGUGCAAACUGCUCUUUCGAACAAGAGACCCUUUCAAUCAUGUGUUUGUGAAUGACGUCAGAUCAUGGAAAUUCAUGGACAGAUUCAUCCUUCAUACUACUGCAUCAAUGUUGUUAAUACGAAAAUGAAAGCAUUUUAUUUUCUUUCUAGCAUACACAAGAUAUAUGAAUGUAAGUGUAUGUUUAUCGUUUGCAACUUUAUACAUACUAGUACACUGCUUUUGGGUUGCGGUUCGGGAAGUCUGCUUUCUUCGACCUUGUGUUAUUCUGUUGGUUAUUUGGUUUUAUUUCGUUGGAAUGUACAUGUAGCAUUAUUCUUUGAAUAGAGUUCGAUUUUAAUGUUGUGAUUGAGCCCGAUAUUGACAAAAAGGUUGGAACACCAAUUCACACUUGAAAUGUCGUAAACAGAUUAUUCAAAAAUAUGACUGAAAAAAAGCAACUAGGGUCCUUAAUCCAGAGAUAAUAAAAAAAGGUUUAUUUUUCGUUAAAAAGUACGUUCCAAUAUAGCUUUUACGUUAGAUUAUUUUCUUAUUUCAAAUAAAUUCAUGUACCUCGUCGAGAAUACAUCAUAGUUUUAACUUUGAUCGCUCGAUUUCAUACAAUUUCUUUUUAAGUUUAGACCAGAAGAGAUAGGUCCAGGUGUUUUUAAGUAAAUAAUAGUUUACAUUUUGGAUAGAGAAUAAUAAAGAAGAUGUUACAAAACCCAUAACUGAAAUAUAAUUAUUACAUGAAACACACAUUCUUACAGAAAAGUUAUUGCUAUGUUUUGUACCGGGGAAAAAAGACUUUAAUUAUAUCUGAAGCAUAAACAGAUAUGGUGAGGGGAUAUGGUAGACCAGUGAAAAUGUUACCCUAAAACUAAAAGAAUAAAUACGCAUAUCAUUUCAUAAUUGUAUGCGUAUUUGUUUGUAUUUUUGCAAUUUAUUCUGUAGAGCACUUUUGAACGUGUACAUGUGCAUGAAAAGAGUGCUAUAUAAAUGUGGUAUAAUAAUAAUAAUAAUAAUAAUAAUCAUAGCGGCACUUUUUAGCCGUCUUUAAGAUAAUCUAGUAUAACUUUUGUAAAUGAAACCACUUUAUACAUAAUAAAAUUAUACAUAUAUAUCAGUAAUACACAGAAAAGGAGAUUGCUUACUGAAUGGUUCAUGCAUUUUACUUUAGUAUAACUGUUUUAAGAUGUCGAAUUUUACUAUAAGUAUUUCAAAUACGACAGGAUCUUGAAGGGUUCUUAUUUCAUUUUUAGUCCGCUGCAGCUCGAAUUAAAGUGACUGUUUAACAAAUGACUCAAUACCCUCUAAAUGUGACGCGACUACAUCUAUUUGUUAUUUUGUUUUUCCUACAAGUUUUGCUCCUUCUUCGACAACGAAUGUUCCGUAGAAAUUAUCUCUCAACGAAAAUGAUUCGUCAGGCAUAUCUCUGUGACAUACGCAAAGAUACUCUGUUCACUUCGUUUCUGAUUUGUAAUAUCGCACAAGCAAUGACGUAGGGUCAAUUUCUAUAUCGAUGUAUCUGUCUCUUAAAGAUCUUUCUGUUGUUACUCAGGCAAUUGAAACUCUUCUUGAAUGUAUGAGCAUCUUUCCAUCAAAUAUUUAAUAACUUGUUGUGAUUUGUAGACUUUAGGUCAGCACUUAAUUGACACAGUGUCAUGAAUAUAUUUUCUUUCUUCGGAAUAUUACUGAAAAGACUCUAUAUUAGUUUAUAAAGAUAAUAAAAGGAGUUCAAGAUAAAACGCAUUAUUCCGCACUUCUUAAUACAUGUUAAUAUGUACAUAAUUUUUAUCAUUGAAUAAUAAAAACAUUUGAUACUGUAAAAAGAUUAUCUGCAGUUAGACCAGUACUGUAAUAUUUUCAACGAUUUUAAGUGUUAUAACAUUUUUGUUAAUGAGGUUUGAUACACAAACUAAAUAAAGCCCUAUUUUUGUCGCAUUGUUUAAAAUAUAUAACUGAAUGUUUUUAUAUUCUCAAUGAGGACAUGUUUUAGAAACCAUGGCAGCAAAAUCAAGAAUUCGGGAAAAUUAGGAUUCUCACAAGCGCAAACCAUUCACCAGGGAUAUAAGUCUAACAAAAAGCGUGUGAAUUCGCUUUCAUGGCAUUUUCACUAAUAAUAAUAUACAUGUAAUAAAUAUGUUAACACAGUUAACAGGUCAUAUUACUUAUAGUAAUAUCGCUUAUUUUACAAAUCGCUGAUUUGUCUAUUUUGAUAAAGCUUUUGUAGACCAUAUGAAAUUGAUUGAAUUUGCCAUAGAGUUUUAAAGAUAAUAUAUUUCCAUAUAUGUAAGGACAUCUUAAUGAAAUAUUCAGCAAUUUGAAAAGGAAACAAUGUAACAAGGAAUGACGUAAAGUUAGAAUCUUGUUUUUAAAUAUGAAAAUGGAUGAUUUUUAAAUAUAUUUGUUUUCUGUGG